CCGAUGAAACCCGUGACUCAAAGAUGGCAGAGGAGAAUGAGUUAGAGGCCAAACGAAUCGAUGAGCUCAGGCAGCGGUUUUUUCAUGAAAACGGUGCAAUUUUGCAAGAAUUUGAUGAACAAGACGUGAAACGAGUCCGUGAUGAGGACUUCUGGUUGAGUUGCUUUCUGAAAUCUCGCAAGCAGGAUGUAGACAUUGCAUUAUCUGUCUUGGUGGAAUGUUUAAGAUGGAGAAAAUCAUUUGGAGUUAAUGAACUUACAGAACGUUCUGUAGACCGGAGACUGUUUGAGGCUGGUUUCCUCUUUCCAUAUAAUCGGGACAAAGAUGGAAAUACGUUAAUCAUCUACAUUGGAAAACUUUACAAAAAAGAUCCACAGCAACAUCCAGAAUUGAAGAGGUACCUUGUGUUCCUCCUAGAAAAACAUGUGAAAAUGUUCCCUGGCAGAAAAGUAACAUUUUUAUUUGACAUGCAGGAUACUGGGUUAUCAAAUAUGGACCUGGAUUUUGUAAAAUUUAUCAUAAGUUGUUUCAGAGAUUACUUUCCAUCGACAUUGGCAUGGCUAGUAGUCGUGGAAAUGCCCUGGAUUUUAUCAGCAACAUGGAAAAUUGUCAAGUCAUGGCUGAGCCCUGAAGCUGUCAAAAAAAUCAGAUUUUUAAACAAACCUGAACUUUUGGAUUUAGUUGAUGAAGACAAGCUACUUGUUAGAUUAGGUGGAACUGAUCCCUAUGAAUAUUCUUAUCCACCCACAAAAGAAGCUCUUGUCAGUCUUGGUAUCACUGAAUCCACAAAUACAGAAGAUAACCUCAUUGAAAAUGGUACCGUAAACCAAGGCAAUGAUUUUGACGAUGACAGUUGUGAAGAUGCGCGUGAAGAGGCUCCUCCGUCCAAUACAAAGAAGGUGACGUUUGAGGAUGCGCCUUCUACUGCAGCCGACCAGAGUCUUGAAAAUGCAUCUUCUCAGUCGAAUUCAAAGCAGAGGAAUAAUUCAACAAAGCUCACACUUCGAGCUGUAAGUUCAAGAUCAUCACAAAGACGAGCACCUCCAGACGGCUUUACUAGAACAGGAAGUCUGCUUACUAUUACGCCAGCGGAGGAAUUAGUUUUCACCGGAACAACUUCAACUGGAGAAAUUCUUCAAUCGUUGUCGCUCACCAACAACACCUUGUCAACAGUAGCUUUCAAGGUAAAGACAACCUCUCCAGAGAGUUAUCGAGUCCGACCAAGCUCGGGUAUAAUUCCUGCAAACUCCUCUGCAGAUGUCAGCGUAUUUUUACAGCCAGGUCAUGCUGCCAGCGUAGUAAAAGACAAGUUCUUGGUGAUGUCGACUGAGUUACAGGAUGAUAAGUCGCCAAGUGAACUUGCUGCAUUAUGGAAAACGAUACCAAAAGCAAAUAUUGUGGAACACAGACUUCGCUGCCGAUUUCUGGCGUCUAGUUCUCAGCUUUCCGGUCAGUAUUCUGAUAUUGCGGAAGGUAAACCAGUAACUCUUAGUAUGGCCAUCGACAGCAUUCAGGCUCUUCAACGACAGCUGAGUGACGUGGAGAAAAAGCUUGAUACCAGCAACAGAAAAAUCUCGCACAUAGAGACAGGUCUUAAUGUGUUCAUUAAAGUUCAAUUGGGACUCUUUUCCGCCAUGAUAGUUUUGUUCGCCAUUGUGAUGUACUACGCUACGUUCCUCAUUUAAUAUGUCAUCAAGUGUCCACGGGCCUUCAAAAUGAAUAAGAGGGUUUAAUUGAUCUUAAAGUGCAACGUUCUAAUGCUCUCUGGAAUACAUAACCUACUCAACGGUUGCUCAUAGAUCAGAGUGAUUUAGAAUCGCGGUUAUUUGAAUAACCAUUGGCAAGAAUUGAACUUGGGCCUUGUAAGCGAAAUCAAAGAUGGAAUUUGCCGUUUACGUUUGAACACGGUUUUAUAGAUUUUUUUUUAAUGUCAGGAACAAGUUGUAGAGGUGCGUUUAGGUGUGACCUUGCAUGACUCGUCGCGAAUUCGCCGCUUUACAUUACUCAUGUGCGCUAUUCCGGGGAAAAAAAUGCAUCACUUCCAAAGGCGGAAAACUUUUUUAGUCCGUUUUAUUCAGGGAACUCCGCCCCAAAAAAUGUUUUCGUUACUUGUCAAAAUUUCAAUUGAACGCUUUUUGAGAAGAAAUGAGGCGGAAACAUUGACUAACUUUGAAAUUGAAGCCUUAGUUUCCUUUUUUUGGGGAACAAGAAAUAAAAAUUGGACUGAUUCCCUUUGCGCAAAUGCUGAGUGUUACAGGUUCAAAUUCUGUUAACUUGUCUUUUGCGUGGAUUAGGUUGAUUUCAGCGGCUGUGAUCAACAAAAUUUUUAUGACCAAUUAUUACCCGUCAAGUAGGUGCGAAUCUAGUUCUUUUUUCUGACCAGAGUGUCCUUUAAUUUUUCUAAACUCCAUUCUUGAAAGAUUUUGGACGAUUUAGCUAAACAACAUAGGACAACGAGUAAGUGAUCUCUGAACACUCGAAAGAAAAGUAUAUUUUUCCCAUAAAUAAAGAAAUUAUUUCUUUACAUGGCUGUCAAUAGAUGGCAUUAAUUUAUUAAUAUGAGCCCUGUAGAGUUUCCAUCCAACAGUUGUCUUCACUUACAAUAUUAUUAAGCUAAGCGAUCAGUUCUUGCAAUAUUUUUCCCCAAUAUCUGUAGUUAUUCCUACCGUUCGUAUUGGCAUAAACAUUGUAAAAGAUUUAAAUUAAUUUACGGGAAAAUAUACAUAUA